UCGUGGUUUCUUCCCGCUGGUGGGCUUCUCUGACGGGAUUGUUCGGUUCGGUUGGGUUGGGUUCGGCUGCUGUUGUAGCACCGCGGACAGCGCCGAGCUGACGACGUGCGCUUGUUUCCUCGCAGCGGUCAGCGCAUACGGGCGGCUUGGAAAGCGGGAGGCCACCUGAGGAUCGGCAACGACAGCAAGCUUUGCCUCUUUUCGGACCCCCUCCUAACAGGACCAAGUCAGCAAGACGAUGGAAGGACAGCAGCAGGUCAAACAGGUGACGGGCUACCUCCUGUUUUCCCUGACGACAGCCGUCAUCGGCUCACUGCAGUUUGGCUUCAACACUGGCGUCAUCAAUGCGCCUGAGCAGAAACUGCGUGCGUUCUUCAACGACACCUGGAUGGAGCGCUACGGUGAGCCCAUCGACGCCGGCGUCUGCACGAUAGUGUGGAGCGUCACCGUCGCCAUCUUCAGCAUGGGCGGCAUGGCGGGAUCCUUCAGCGUAGGCGUCAUGGCCGACCGCUUUGGCAGGAAGCGCUCCAUGUUCCUGGUCAACAUCCUGGCGGUGAUCGGCGGGCUGUUGAUGGGCUUUUCCACCUUGUGCUCAUCGUACGAGAUGGUGAUCGCCGGCCGGCUGGUCAUCGGCCUCUUCUGCGGACUCUUCACGGGCUUGACGCCGAUGUACGUGGGUGAGGUGUCCCCCACUCCGCUCAGGGGCGCUUUCGGCACUUUGCACCAGCUCGGCGUGGUCGUCGGCAUCCUCAUCGCUCAGAUCUUGGGCCUGGAGAGUCUGCUGGGCUCGUCGCGCCUUUGGCCGCUGCUGCUGGCGCUGACGGUGGCGCCGGCCGUGGUGCAGUGUGUCCUGCUGCCCUUCUGCCCCGAGAGCCCCCGAUUCCUACUCAUCAACCUCAAACAGGAGGAGGAGGCACGUAAAGCGCUGGUGCGUCUGCGCGGCAGCGAGGACGUGGGCAGCGACCUGCAGGAGAUGAAGGAGGAGAGCAACAAGAUGGCACUGGAGAAGAAGGUGACCAUCCUCGAGCUCCUCCGCUGCCCGAGCUACCGCCAGCCGCUGCUCAUCGCCGUCAUCCUGCAGCUUUCACAGCAGCUGUCCGGCAUCAACGCCGUCUUCUACUACUCGACGGGCAUCUUCAGCUCGGCUGGAGUCAGCCAGCCCAUCUACGCCACCAUUGGUGCCGGCAUUGUCAACACUGUGUUCACCGUUGUCUCGCUGUUCCUGGUGGAGAAGGCGGGCCGCAGGACGCUGCACUUGCUGGGCUUGGGCGGAAUGGCGCUGGCGGCGCUGCUCAUGACCAUCUCGCUGCUGCUGAAGCACGUGGCCGGCAUGAGCUACGUGGCCAUCCUGGCCGUCAUGGCAUUCGUGGCGAUGUUCGAGUUGGGCCCAGGCCCAAUCCCCUGGUUCAUCGUGGCCGAGCUUUUCUCGCAGGGCCCGCGGCCCGCCGCCAUGGCCGUCGCCGGCUGCUGCAACUGGACCUCCAAUUUCCUUGUUGGAAUCAGCUUCCCCAAACUUGUGGAACUGUGCGGGCCGUGGGUGUUCCUGAUCUUCAUGGCCUUCCUGGUGAUCUUCUUCAUCUUCACCUUCCUUAAAGUCCCGGAGACCAAAGGCAAAACGUUUGAGGAGAUCUCCCGCAGUUUCACUGGCGGGGGCGCCGCCUCAUCCCCCGUAGAGGCCCGUCCGCACCAUCCCGAGGGUGGCAACGGCACCGCCAAGGAGGAGAAGCGAGAUGAGAAGGAGAAGCUCCCCCUAGUGGAGGCGGGCGCCGGCAACAACAGCGAGACGGAGCCCCUCCAGGAAAAAUCGGUGGUAUUGGAGAGCGUCUAGACGCAAAGGAAACGAGACCACCAAAGGCCGCUUCCGCAACAUCCUCAAUAUUGCUUUUUUGUCUUUUGGCUUUUCCGUGCAAUCGACAUUGCGCUAAGUCAAGUUGUGCUCGUUCAAGCCGCGCCUCGUGGCCAGCGGGCGUGGUCGGCCGUCACGUUUGGAUCUUUUCGUGUGCGUGCGUGCGUCACUUUAUAAGCUUUGAUGUCGACAUAAGCUAAAACUACACAGGGAAAUGUGUUCAUUUCUGAUCAUUUAUUAAUCCAUUUCACUCUGUCAUGCUUGGUUGGAAGUUACUCAAAAAGCAUUUCGUCAAUAACUAUUAAUUGAUUUACUUGAAACAAUGAAAAAAAUAUUAAAAUAAAUACUUAUUUAAUUUGGAUUUUAAAUAGUUGAAGAAAGUAUUCUGUUUUAAAUUUUAUUUCAGAUGAGUAGAAUUGUUAAAAUAGAUUUCAUUGCUUAAAAUAAGAACAAUUUAAUGACAGUUUUACAAGAAAUCUACUACACGCUUAACGACUUCAUUCAAGUCAUUUUAGCUUUUCUUCCACUCAGUUAUGAAACUGCUGAACUCCAAAAUGUAAGCUUGGGUGCGUUCCUGCUGCUGCUACCAUGGCAACCACCCACUUGACAGUAUUGCGUCAUCUUUGGCAAAGGCUUUGAGAAGUGUAGUUUCUUCAUGCUUUUUUUUUUUUUAACUUUUAAUGAGUGUUGUCAGGCCUUAUUGUGUCGUUAUUAUUGUUAGCUUGAAGUCAGCAAAACCAAAGCUAUUUUUGGUCCUUUGUGCCAUCUUGAUGAAGUAUUACAUCACCCAACCGUUCCAUUCCCCCAUCAAAUCUAUUUUGCUACACCAUGAGAUGAGAAGUAUAUAAGCUGAGAGUAUUUUUUUCAAGAGAGCCAUUUCUGUUUUUUUCAGACGGUUGAUGAAGGGAAGAGAACGAAGGCAACGUGCAAUAAUAGUAGACACCGCGUCGACUGUCCACUUGACUCAUUCACUCCCAAAGAUAUAUUUUAAGGACUUUUCAGAUUCAAUUCCAGGUAGAGGUUAGGUUAAAAAAAGGGAUUAAAAAUGGCUGCUACAUAUAUAACCAAAAGUAGAAUUUUAACAUUUUCCAAACUGAAGAAUGAAAGCAACAGUUAAGAUUGACCGUGAAUGAGGAAUUGCCACAUUUUAUUUGGGCUGACUCUUUAGAGCAGCUCGUUGCCCGCAAUAACCCGGUAGAGUAUAGUUGCGCAUUUUAAAUAUAUGCACAGGUAAAAGAAAGAUUCUAAAUGAUGCCAGCAUCUAUAUUUCCAGGUUGUCGCAGCAGUAUUUGAUAGAAAGCGGAAAGGGGCGUGGCCUCAGUGCAUUGAGCAGACUUGGUCAGUGUUCACAGCGUUUUUAAAGUUGAAAGAACAUCUUCAUUUUUUUUUACACCAUUUGCAAGCCUCGUUUUAAAAUCAUGGCUUUUUUUUUGGGUGGGGUGAAAUUUGGCAGAGAUUUUUCUUUCCACUUUACAGGGACUUUCAAGUCAUGGAGGGCAAGUGCUAAUAUGUAUAAACAUUGCAUCCACUACUGUAAAUUGACUUUCAUCCUUUUGUUUAUUUUUUACAAUGACACCAAAACACUUGACAGGAUGUUUGAAAUUUUAUUAUUUUCCAGAUUUCCAAAUGUUUUAUGGAAUGGGGUUCUCAACUUCUUAACAAUUGAACAAAACUACCAAUGUGACCUGCACACAUUGUCCAAAAUGCAAAUCGUCAUCUCGGAUUUCACGCAGGAUGAGGGAAUUGCUUGAAAAGGGCCUCCAACGAGCUGAUGAUUUUAAUCCACUCUUAUGUUCUGUGCAAUCCUUUGAAUUGUUCUAAUGAUUGUUGCAAAUGAGUCAUUUGUCUAACUAGCCUCAAAUUCAAUUGUUACCAUCACACAUGUGCACAAAAUAGCAAUUUGUGACCACGAAUUGGCGAAAAACGCAAGCACAAAUGGACACGAAUGCUACUGUUGCACAUUAUGCCCAUUUGGUGGUCGCCACUCGCGUAUCGUACACGUUGGAACAACCUUGCAGAAAUUCAUCCCAGACUGAAUAUUGAAAAUCGAGACCAAAUUGUACUUAUUUGUUAGGUAAAUCAAAAUGUCCUCUUCUCCCAGCAGAUUAUUGAUGUGAUUAUGUGCUGUGGGUCCUCAUUUUGGUUGUUCUCAAACAUUUCAGACCAAGUACCACUCACACAACCAAAAAAAAAUCUUGGCGCAAAAUGCAGUGGCAUUGUGGACCCAAGUAUGAACAUCAACACUGAAUUCAGAUGCAUGUUAAAAGCAUAAAAGUUCAAAAGUGCACCUAAAUUAAAGUACUUCAAGAUCAUACAAAUACUUAACGUACAAAAAGGGUUAAUACAACCGAACCGUUCUUGGAUGCUAAUUUUGUCCUUAUCACUGGAGGCACGAGUUCCACACGUCCUUUUUUUUUAAAGGCACGUUUUUGUAUUUCAUGGUCACAAAUGAGCAUUUGUAUAUUCGCAUGUGGUCAAAAUUAUGAUUUUUUCCCCCUUCCCCCAUGUGAGCUGAAUUGAAGUCAGUCGAGUAAAUUUUCCCGCGUGUAUGUGUUGGCUUCUGCUUUGUGACUUUGUGAAUCGCCGUGACAAUGUCGUGUGGUAGCAAGUGUGUUUUAGUGCCCGUGUGAUGACGCAAAUUAAAUUUGGGGCGAUUUUUUUUACUGACGCUACACUUUUGACUCCCGCCAUGGAUUCACAAGAGAUGUUUAUUCAAAAAGAAAGUGUAAUUGCCGGACACUUUGCUUGUUGAAAAGAUUUCUUUUUGUUGUGACGUGACAUGACCGCGACACGUGGUGACGUAUACUAACGCGCUUGUGUUAACACGCACGCUCGCUCACGCGCUAGCUGGCAGCGUUUUUGUGAGCUUGGUGAGCCACUGGGGUCCUCAUUUUCACAUAACGGUAUAUUGUCGCCUGUUGUAUCGAGAGUGUUUGUGUUUAGUGUGCUCUACUUUUUUGUACUCUCCAUUUAGAAUUGGUGGAAUAAAUCCCGUUCACAAAAGCAAGAGA